CGUACGGCAAGCUCCGCCCCGACCAGCUCUGCUCGUCUCUCCCGGCUCCGACCACCAGCGCCGCCUCUGCAGCGCUGUAGCGCACGCCGCCUCUGACUCAUCUACAGGGCGCACAUCACGAAGCAGGGUCGAGCUGCAGAUCGACAUCGAUAUGGCCGGAGGAGCAACAUGGAAAGAAUCGGGUAUCGCAGCAUGGAAAGACUGGGGUAUCCAGGCGUUGGUGCUGCUCAGCUUGACACUCCAGGUGGCGCUGCUCAUGCUGGCGGAAUUCCGGCGGCGCGUGGACUCCGGCGCGGUAAGGUUCUUGGCAUGGUCGGCGUACAUGCUGGCCGACGGCACGGCCAUCUACGUGCUGGGCCACCUGUCCGCCGCCAGCCGGUCUCCCGACCACGAGCUGAUGGCCUUCUGGGCGCCGUUCCUGCUGCUCCAUCUGGGCGGGCAGGACAACAUCACCGCCUACGCCGUCGAGGACAACCGGCUCUGGCUGCGGCACCUGCAGACGUUCGCCGUGCAGGUGACCGCCGCCGGCUACGUCCUCUUCUACACCUCCGUUGUCGUUGGUAGCCAGUCGGGCUCGGCCUUGCUCCGGUGGGCCGGCAUCCUCAUGUUUGUGAUGGGUGUCGUCAAGUACGCGGAGAGGGUCUGGGCGCUCCGGUGCGCUGGCAGCAACCCGGUGGGUAAGAACUACCAAGCUUUACAGCAUUCGGGCUUCUGUAUCUCACGCAACAAUCUGGAAGACAUACUAGACAAGCGUCCGUGGGACACUGAAGACUGUCUACUGAUGGCUCACCGAACGCUUGGGGUUCCCAAGGAAAUGAUCAAGGGGCUGAUGAACGAAGCAGGAUACGGACAUGCUUCGUAUCUCCGGGAGGAGGGCCGUCUGUACAAGGUGGUUGAGAUGCAGAUGUCCCUGAUGCACGACGUACUGUACACCAAGGCUGAGGUGAUGCACACUUGGUUCGGCCUCUGCAUCCGUGUGCUCUCGCCGGCGGCCACCACCGUCGCCUUGCUGCUGUUCCAUCGCCAUCAACAUGGUCGUCAUCAACAUCGGGUAGAUGUGGCUGUCACCUAUGUCCUGCUGGUAGGUGCCCUUGUCCUGGAGGUGGUGUCGGCGUUGAGAGGCUUAUUCUCGAGUUGGGCAUGCGUGCUCCUCAUAAGUCAUGGGCCGCAUUACUCCCUCCGCGAGACCUUGCGUCACAUACCCGGCGGCAGGCCAAGAUGGUGGCUCAAGGCCGCAGCAUGGGUAGCAAGACAUGUGAGCGGUUCGCUCGGCCGUAUGGUGUUGUCCGUCCGCCGGCUGGUCCGCGCAGCGGACUGGGCAAGGUACUGGUCGGCCUCCAUGGCGCAGCACAACCUGUUGCAGCUGGCCGCUCGCAGCAGGGUCAGCAAGAGAAGCAGGAUGGCGAAUUCGAUGGGGAGAGAGGUGUGGUGGAACGCUAUGGCCUACUCGAGCUCCAUCCCUGUCUCGCCCUUCAUCCAGGAUCUGGUGGUGGACUACCUCCUGAGCAAGGAGGGUGACCUCAGGCUCUUUAGCCAUGACCACGACAGCCUUGUACAUUUUGAUUCACGGGGUCAAGCGGAGCUCAGCAGGUGGGGAUUGUACGAGGGCCUGACCUGGAGCGUGGAAGAAAAGAUCCUUGUCUGGCACAUCGCCACCAACAUCUACAUCUACUCCAUGUCCAUGAUGAGCAGCAGCAGCGAGGAGCAUAAGCCGAUGAGUGAGGCGGUCCAGGCGCUCUCCAACUACAUGCUGUACCUCCUCGCCUCACGCCCCUACAUGCUCGGUCCCACUGCCAACCACAAUUCCUACAUCGAGGUGUGCUUUGGCCUCAUCGCGAGUGGUCCUGAGGCUGCUGCUACGCCUUACAGCUCACCCGAGGAGGUGGCCACAUUUCUCAAGACCUAUGGGGAUACAGAGAGCGACAGCCGUUUUCCGCUACUAUGUGUUGAUCACACAACACAAGGCCAUCUCGUAUCCAUGUUGGAUAAAGGAUGCGAGCUUGGUGCCAAGAUCGUCCAAGAUGACGCAGUGGGCACGCUGGAGCUGCUCGCCCAGGUGUGGGUGGAGACGCUAUGCUACGCGGGCCAGCGGUGCAGCCCACUUUGCCAUGCCAAGCAGCUCAGCGACGGCGGUGAGCUCAUCACCGUCGCUGCCAUUCUAGUGGAGUACUUCAAACGAGGUAAAUUCCGUUGAAACAGCAAGAGGCGGGGACGAGGUUCAGGGAGGAAGGACAGCAGUUCUUUAUCCCAUCUUCCAUUAACAGGGAUGAAAUCAUCUACUAGUGCUCCCGGUGUCCUUUUAAUUACUGCAUGUUUGGUUACUCAGAAUGCUCUAGUAUACGAGUAUUUUAUAUGCAUGUGUGUCGGAAUAUUUCGACUUGAGUUUGUGUAGGGAGAGGAUAGUCGCUGUUGGCGGCUAGACUUUCUUCUAGGUAUGUUGGUUGUUGGCUGGCUUGUAACAGACUCGUAGCACUGAACCUUUGGCUUG